AUGGUGACGGCCAUGCGUGAGCGCAACUACCUGGCGGCCAACGACGUGUACCUCAAGCUCGCCAUAGGCAACAGCCCCUGGCCCAUCGGCGUCACCAGCGUGGGCAUCCACGAGCGCAGCGCGCGCGAGAAGAUCUCGCACGUCAUGAACGCCAGCGGCAAGGCGCACAUCAUGAACGACGAGGCCACACGCAAGUACUUCCAGGCCAUCAAGCGCCUAGUCAGCAACCUGCAGCGCAUCUACCCCACCGACCCCUCCCGCUCCGUCGACUUCAACCUCACCGCCGGCGAGGGCCGCGGCGCAGCGGGCGGCGGCUCCCAGAAGGCGGCCCUGCUGGAGGCGCAGCAGCGCGGGGAGGUGCUGGCGCUGGCGGCGGCGCCGCACCACAUGGCGCCGGACGGCAGCGUGGCCAUCCCGCGCAAGUGGGACAACGUGCUCAACGAGCAGAUGCAGAAGGCGGGCGUGACGUCCGGUGGCGGCGGCGGCGGCGGUGGCGGGGGGCCGCCGCGGACGCCCCCGCGCUCCGGGACUCCCGGCAGCCGGCCUUACACGCCACCGGCGGUGGCAAAGUGA